AUGCCCGCCGCCCUCUCCGCCUGGGUGUGCCUCGCGCUCAACGUCACUGCCGCCUGCCACCUCCUGCUGCUUCCCCCGCGCGGCUCCCUUCCCCCCGCCGCGCAUUCCCGCGCGCCGGACACCGCCCAAUCACACGCGGGUAAUGAAGGUGACCCGCGGGCUGACUUGAGGGCUGGGUUCUGCGCCGCGGGUCUGAGCGUCGCAGACGCCGUGCGAUGGCCGUGCUCGUCGCAGCAUCGUCGCCGUGCGACGGCCGCCGUGCAGGCGAGCGCGGGCAGAAUGGCGGAGCAUUGCGGCGGCGCGAUGGAUGGUGGCGGCGGUGUUGACCCACGGCCGUGGCCCCCCUCUCCCUUUCCCCACCCGCCCCAUUCAAUGUCCCCCUGUUAUUCCUUUCCUCCCCUUCCACCCGCCUCACCCUCCUUACACCCCUCGCCCUCCUUUGAUUUUCCCCAAGCCCACCACGUGUCCCAACUCGCUACCACCCGUCACUGUCACUUCACCACCCUUCCCGCCUUCCUUCCCUCAUCUCUUUCCCACUCUUCCGCCUCCCCCUCCGCCCCCCCCAGCAACAGGCUACAGGGGGACCUGGUGGCGCUGGGGGCAAGCUGGGGGACAGCGGAAGGGGGGGGGCGGAAAGGGAGAGGUGGACGGGCGGGGAAGCAGCAGCAUAGGAUUGGCGGGGAGCAAGGAGGCAGGGGGAGCAGAGCGCAGGAGGAGCAAGGCGGGCGCGAGGACAGGAGCGAGGCGGGUGGUGGGGGGGUGGUGUGGGCGGAGGGGACGUGCUCCCAGCUGUUCCUCCUCGAAGGUGUGGUGUG